AUGGACACGCCGUCGCAGCCCGAAUUUAAUCAGGACAAUUUAAAUGAAGAUAUCACGCGCAUGCGUGUGAUCUGGGUCAAUGAACUCAAUGCCCCUGAAAUCUUACAAUAUAACGAAGAAAUGGUGUCCGAGAUGCUCGAGCAAAUUCAAAAUCAACAGGAAUACGUUGAUUCAGUCAAUGAAGAUCGUAAACAACUUGUAGACGAAAAAUCUUUUGUCAAUAAACUGUACCAGAUGGAAAUUGACCGACUGCGAUACAUGGUCUCGUCGUAUUUGCGCACACGUCUGCACAAAAUUGAGAAAUUUGCCAUCCAUAUUUUGGGAGAUGCUAUGUUGGUACAGCGACUCUCGAUGAAAGAGCGCAACUUUGCUCAGCAGUUUGUGACUCUCUAUGAGUCACAUAUGAACGAUCUGGUUCUGAGCAAGUUUGAUGCGGAACACCGCUCUCUAACAACUGAAGAUAUGGUGCUUAAGCCGAAUCUAGACGGCUUUGUGUUUUGUCAGGGAUUAGACGCAGGCGGCGUACAGUGCGACGACAAAGGCGCAAACUUUGUCCAAGUAACUUCUGCUGAUCGCUAUGUGCUGCGCUACCGAAGCAUCCAGGAACACGUUGAAUCCGGUGCAAUUGAGCUGAUUUAA